AGCAGGGCCAGCCUUGAAGCCUGAGAUAAGGCCUUUGGCGGGUGUCUCCCCUAUCCCUCCCCCGAGUGGGUGUGGAGCCGAGGUGUAAUGCCCGGUGCUGGUGGAACUGACGCACAGAGACAGACACAGGAUGGGCUCUAAGUACCAAAAGUCUGUGCGGGGCCCGCUGACCCUGUGGGCCUUUAUGCUGGAGGUGACUCUCAUUCUCAUGUUCUUCUUUUUCACCUCCUAUGAAACUUCUGUAAAGGAACAGAAGAAGCUCAUGAGGACCUAUCGAGACUUCCAGGAUGUUAUCAUCAUGGCAGUCCUUGGCUUGGGUUUCCUUAACACAUCUUUGCGGAGACACUGCUGGAGCAGCGUGGCCUUCAGUCUCUUCGUGCUGGCCUUCGGGGUGCAGCUGACAGUCCUGCUGGAUGGCUUCCUGAACCAACUCUCCCUUAGGAAGAUGGUCCUCAAUAUUUCCAGUAUUCAGAUAUCCACCAUGAGCGCUACGUCUGUGCUGAUCUCAGUGGGUGUCAUCCUGGGGAGGGUCAACCUGCUGCAGCUGCUCUUGAUGACGUUGAUAGAGGUGACAGCCUUUAGUGCCACGAGGAUGGUCGGCAAGGAAGUCUUCAAUAUGGACAACCACAUAAGCAUGAUGUACAUCCACGUGUUUGCGGCCUGUUUCGGGCUGACUGUGGCCUGCUGCCUCCCGAAGCCUCUGCCUAAUGAAGCGGAGGACAAACAACAGACGGCCACGAGCCCCAGUUUGUUCGCCAUGCUGGGCACCCUCUUCUUGUGGAUGUUCUGGCCGAGUUUCAACUCCGCUCUGCUGGACAUUCCAGAUGAAAAGAAGAAGGCCUUGUUCAACACCUACUACGCCCUUGCUGUCAGCAUGGUGACAGCCAUCUCAGUGUCAGCCUUGGCGCACCCUCAAGGGAAGAUCAACAUGACUCACAUCCACAAUGCGGUGCUGGCAGGAGGUGUGGCUGUGGGCGCCCCCUGUUACCUGAUCCCUUCUCCUUGGCUUGCCAUGGUGCUGGGUCUCCUGGCUGGGCUGAUCUCCAUCUGGGGAGCCAUGUACCUGCAGGUGUGUCUUCAACGAACGCUGGACCUCCAUGACACCUACGGUGUGCAAUAUACCUUCGGCUUGCCGGGUCUACUCGGAGGGAUCACCAACAUUGUGCUGAUGGCGCUUCAGGUCAAGUGGACCAAGAUUUCCACGCUUGGCUACCAGAUACUCACUGACUCCGGGGCAUUCAGCUUCACCAUCAUUAUGGGUGUGGGAUCUGGUCUUCUGACAGGUAUGCUCUUAAACCUCAAAAUAUGGAAGUCACCUCACGUGGUUAACUAUUUCAAUGACCAAACUUUCUGGAAGUUUCCACAUUUGGCUGUUGGAUACUAAGCGAAAGCAUCCAAGAAAAACAAGGGCUGUUUGAAAACAACCUCUUUUCACUGUUGCCCAUUUUUUUGUGUGUGCGACACUCAUUACAGCAAAGUCUCAUGUCCAAUGAAACAGGUCAGAGAUAGAUUUGAUAUUAAAAAUAAAAGACUA